CCCAGAAUGUUCCAUCAUUCCAAUCGAAAUUUCCAUUCCUCGCCUUUGUCUUGGACAAUCGUAAACAUGAGCAAGCGUCUCUAGGGAAUCUGUCUUCAAUUUUCUCUCAUCGAGCCUGCUUUCCGGCUUUUUUGCAACACAUCUUUUCAUUUACGCAUGGAUACGUUGUCACUUGCAUCUAGGAAUUACAACUCCUCAGGACCAGCCAGAGGACUGUCCUCUAAAGAAUCACCAUGUCGAAAGUGUACGAAUUCUCCUCAUUUGUAACCGCGCCAGAUGUCCGACGGGUCGCAGCGCCUUUUGGAGCACCUCAAAUCGUCACUAUCCCAUCAACGCGCAUCCCGUCUCCCUUGGCAGCGAACCUCGCCCCACAGACGAUCAAAGAUCUGAAAGAAUUCCUGACUGGAUGUGGGCCUGAUGGGGUAGUCAAACCUGGGAACGAGAAAGGAAACGAGGUGUGGGAAGCGUGGAAGAGAGCUUGGGAUCUGUGGAAUAAUCACUAUAUUGAAGGGAGAUACAAUUCAACAUUUAUUAGGGAAGAAUAUGCUAGGCUCAAAGCACUAGUAGAAGGACUGAAGCAGGCACAGGCGCCAAAUCGACGAAGGCGACCACGGAACACUGGUCGAGGCGGCACGGCAGCCAUCAGAGGUGGCCGAGGAGGAGGUAGAUGGGGCGGAGCUGCAGGGCCUCCCCCAGUUGAAGGCAACGGUGGGCGAGUAAUUCUCAGCAGAGUAUUUGCACGACAGAAGCCGCCGGUAACAUUUCUGGGCAGAGAGUGGAUCAGACAUCGGUAUCGAACGAGGAAGACUAAAGUCCCGACCGGACGAAAAAUUCUAAAAAAUAACCCCAAUCCUCCGGAGACGACUGUAACCAGAACACGGCAAGUGCUCAAAGUGGCAGCACAGCAGGCAGGCACAGACGUUCCGAUUUAUAGGCGAGAUCCUAAAUACACAGAGGUCGAACAAACGCAGACUGUGCGUCGAAAUGGUCCUUGGCAGUCGAAUCUACUUUCCUAUGAGGAGAUUGCUGCUCAACGUGAAGCUGGAACCUUCGCUGCUGAGGGACUCGACCCUGAUCUCCCAACCGAUCCCACAGUCGCUCCCGAACUGGAGCCUCUGGAAACGAGACAAGUGACGACGAGAGUCAGACGAGUCCUCAAAAAGCUCGAUACCGUCGAUGUCACCGUGGAAAUACAACCAAGCCCCCUGACCUCGUGGGAAAGACUGGUUAACCAUAGACGGUCCGGUACAUUCCCAGCGGCAAGAGGUAGAAACGAGGAAUCACAAUACGAAAAUUCUCGACCUCAAAUGUGGGUUCCUCAAUUCUACACUUUGGUGGACACGGGGAGACAGGAAACCUUGUUGGAUGAUAGGACCGCAGAAAUUAUGUGGACUGAGACUUAUCAAGAAACGGUAUAUGGUAACCCAACAGAAGAGGUUGACGAAAUGGAAGAGGUUGAGUUCCCUCAGUGGCUGGAAGUUCAACUACCCGUGAGAGGGGGGAGAGGCACCAGGGGCGGCAGAGGUGGUCGAGGCGGCAGAGGUGGUGGAGGUGGCGGCCAUGGUACCCCACCACCAAAUCUACGUCCGCAUGUCAUACCGCCGACUGAUCCAAUCGAUCUCGCGGUGUUUGGAGUGCUGAACGCUCCUAGAUACGACGAAUGGGCGGCUGGCCUUCCUGAAAGAUGGAACGAGGUCAAUCCACGACGCCUAGCCGAAAGUAACGAUCCAGAAUACUUGAAGUGGGAUGCCAGCAUGAAGAAAAGAGUCAAGGACUUGUGGGAGCAUAUCAAAAAGGGAGACGCCCUCUUCAACUCUCCAGCUCACGGCAACGGCUAUUCAGACUUCUUAAAUAAUGGUUUGGGUCCACCUAGUUGCGGCGAUGGAAGUGGGGAAGAUGAAGAUAUGCCCGACGCCUCGGAUGGGGAAAACUAUCUAGAUUUCUAUGAAGACGACGAAGAGAUGGAGGAGUAUCACGAACAGCGAGCUUUGAGUCCACCUGGCUCACCAAGUUCAAAUGGUACCGUAGAUCUCGACAUGGGUAGAUCUGGGUCAGAUUCAGAUACUGCGGAAUCUGAUGGCGGUGUCGCUGACGAUGAGACUCUUCGAGCACCUCCCCGAGGAGCCGAUGGGUCUGCUGGUGGCUUUCGGCCCAUGAGACUCUUUCCUGAGUAUGUGGAUCCCGAACCAGAUGCGAAUGGGGAUUAUCCCGACUACCAUGACCCGUUGCAGAAUACUGUCUGGCGGCCUCGACGUGUUGGAGAAAAGACUUUGAAGAUCGAUAUGGAUGAGCCUUGGGAGAAUAUCACUGACCUCGAGGUCGAUGGUGGUUUGGAUUGCGGACGGAGUCCUUUUCCGGUACUACGUCCUAUCACCAAAUACAUCAAAAAUGUACAAAAAGUUAAUCCUGCUGCACGUGGUUAUACUGGUGGUAUGAUUACAACAUUCCGCAAAGAGAAGGUUUGGGAUCGUGUUACAGGCUCCAUCUUCAACAUGCCUACUCGUCCCGAUGAAGCGGGCCCGGAAACCUUGGAUGAGCGCGAAAAGCGAAUUAAACUUCUGUACGGAAGCGUCCAUUUCGACGACAUUCAUCGCCAUGACCUCUUUCCGCUGGAUAUUCGUCGUGCCAAAUUGAUCGACGUUACAACUGGGCUCCCUUUCGAGUCAGAGAUACAGCAACCAUUGGAAGCCGGUGAAGAAGAAACGGAAUUUGACUUUCCGUGGCUCAAUCCUCUCAGGCAAUAUCCAGAAAUGGAAGAGAAUGAUGCGUGGUGGGUCACACCGGAGCAAGAAAAGUUCAGAGAUAUCCCACCUAGAAGACAUCCUCAACCAGAAGAUGACAGGCCAAAUGACCAACUUAUACCUCUAGACACUUAUCGCUGGACGGAAGAACUCAGUAUCGACGAAAACAACAAAGCCAAAUAUUUCGUCACCAAUCUACACGGUGGUACUAUACUAAUCAACGGGGCAGAAGUCAAGACUGGAUGUGUUGCAGGUCCUUUGCCCUCUUUCGCCGUCAUCGAGACUCCUGGCCAACAAGUCUCUUUCUGGUGGGGACCCAAUGGACGUGAUUGGGGUGCAGGACCACCCAAUCGUAACUUUGCUGCGAACUGGCGACAGCUAAGACGAAUGUCGGGUUGGGAGCUCAUUGGUCUUAAUGCUGGUAUCGUCUGGAAUCGACUCAUCAGGGAUCGUUUAAACAGAGAGGAGAGUGGAAAUGACCUAGAAGAUGAUGAGCUGUGGCAGAGAUGGUUGAAUCCACAGCCUCCAGCUCCAGGCAGGAAUCCUGUCAUCAAUCCCCCAGGUGACAGUGGAAACAAGGGCAUUGAUGCUACGCCCAUCGCUAUUGUCCACCCACCGGUCGAGAUAUGCACGUCGAGGGACAUCGGACCUCCCCAGCACGUCACUGAAUUCAAGACGCCAGACUUGUUCGAGACCGAAAAUGUCGAGUUGCAGUGGCUGUAUACCAGAGCCAAGCCCCUGAGAGAUACCUUGGUUGGAUUUGUUUUCGAUACACAGCAACAAGUCGUUGAACUCAAAGCAUUGAGUAAGUUGGUUGCACCAGGUACCGACAACUAUUGGCCAGGCGCGAAUCCUCCAGCGCACGAAGAGAUCACAUCACAGCAACUCUCGGAGAGGGCUUGGAUGAUCAGACAGCGCACUGUACUAGCUGACCAAGCCGCACUGCAAGCCAGACAUGCAGCGAGACGGCAGGCUGAAGAAGAUGCCAAGAAUACUGAAUAUCAGCUGAAGAUCGAUCGCGACGCUCCGAAGAGACAAGCGGAGCAACGGGAGAGAAAUGAUCAGACGAGAAGGACAAGAUUGAAGCUUGAACAGGAGAUUCGUGAUGCACAGGCCAAUAAACUGGAGAAGGAGCAGGAGAAUACCACAGCCAAGCAAUCUAAAGCGGCCGAUGCAACCCGACGAAAAGCAGUGCUGGAAGAAGCCAUGAGGCUCACUCACAUCAUCGGCGUCACCACGGCUAUCACAGAUGUGGCCCAGUUAAACGCUGCUUGCGUCACAAGAAGAACUCAACGGCAAGAUGAGAUUCGAGUCAAAGCUGCCAAUAUUGCGAGAGUGAACGCCACCAGGGCCACUGAAGGCAAACCAGCGAUUGUACUCCCAGCACAGCUUUCAGAUGCUGAAUUUGACGCACUCCUUGAAGAAGCGUGCGAAUACCUCCGCCCAGGCCGUGAUAUCGACGAGGCAGCUGCUGCCGCACUGAAGAAGGCCGUAGAGGACAAGGCGCUCCGAGAUGCAAUUAAAGCUCGAGCAGCGCAGGAACUUGCAGACCGACAAGCCGAAAGAGCGAAAAAGAAGGCGGAAGAAGAUGCCAACCCCCCUGAAUCGCAAUACGCAAAGGACGUGGCAGAACGGCUCAAAAUGUUCCAAGCUCAAAAGUCCAACCGGGCUGCCCAGAACCAGAGAGAAGCAGAUUCACAGGGGAAGCGGGACGCAGAGCUCCGCGAACAAGCUGAAAGGGAGAGGCGCAGAAAGGAACGCGAGGAAGCAGCGCAGAGAAGGAUACGAGAGGCAGCAGAAAAGGAGGAACGUGACAGAAUAGAGGCUGCAAGGAUAAAGACUCCAGAAGAAAUCCAGGCCGAACUAGAGAUUAAAAGACUGCAGGACCAGGCCCUAGCCGAGUUGCGAGCUAAACUGCAAGCUGAGCAAGAUCUUAAAGAUGCUCAAGCACGACUAGACGGAGAUUCGCAAGCUAACCUGAGAGCGGCUAACCUGAGAGCCGCUCAAGCAUCUCGAUUACGACGACCCCCGAUCCCCCGUCCUGUUGGCAUGACGCCGGAACAAGCAGCACUUUUCGAUCAGGCUGUGCGGGAAACAAGGGCUGCAGAUGAUGCGGCAAGAACCGCUGCUCAAAGGCUGGCUGACUUGAGUGGGCAAACACUGCAAGAUUACAUAAAAGCACAGUACGGUUAUGAUGACGUUAGGGAGUACAUCGACUUGCUAGAUAAUGACCGGAUCAUCAGGAGAGCUAUUCCAACCGCUCCCGAUGCAGAUCCGCCUCCUCCAGGAUAUCUUCCGCCGGAGGACAAUGUGCCUCCGGCUGAUUCGGUUCCAGAUCCAGGAAAGCCUGUGCUCCCUGCGGAUUUGAGCGCCCCUGGUCGAGCGGAACUUACGAAACUGUGGGAUGACAUGGAGCAUGCUGUGAGACAAGGUGUCGAUGCACGAGCAAUACUCGAGAACAGACUCCCAUGGGAAGUUGCACAGGAACGCGGUUACCAGAAUGUUAUUGCGAUGGAGAACGCUCUUAAGCGCACCAUGACCCCCGCUGACUUGUUCACUACAACGGGAGUGACUCCCCCUCUUGCAGAAACCCUGGACACAUGGGUUGCUCGAAACCUUAAGAUCCUUGCGGCAAAUGAUUGGGAAGCUGUAUUUCGAGUAUCUGCCGCCGAAGGACCGAUUUUGAUUGUAGCCAACGCCAAUGAUACACGAGUAGGAGGUGAUCUAUAA